AUGGCUGCAAAGAAAAUUCUUGUCGUCUUUGGUGCCACCGGCAACCAAGGCGGUUCUGUUAUCAAAUCCAUCCUGAGCGACCCCAAGACCGCCGGCGAGUUCAAGAUUCGCGCCAUCACUCGCGACCCAUCAAAGCCCAAUGCGCAAGCUUUGACAGCCAAGGGCGCUCAUGCCGUCUUCGCCGUGACCAAUUAUUGGGAGAAGAUGGAUGCCGAGCUGGAGAUGAAACAGGGUCGGAACAUCGGGAACCUCGCAAAGGAGUGCGGCGUGCAACAUCUGAUCUGGUCGUCGCUCUACGACGUCGCCAAGCUGACAGGCGGCAAGUUCCCCAACGUGGAGCACUUCGAUUCCAAGGCCGCUGUAGAGCAACACAUCCGCGACAUUGGCGUUCCGGCCACUUUCCUCAUGCCAGGCUUCUUUAUGUCGAACAUCCCUGGUGGUGCUUUCCGUCAACUCCCGCCAUCAAACCACUGGACCUUAGCACUACCUAUGCCUGCCGAUACACCAAUCCCAUGCUUCGAUGCUGGUAGUGACACGGGCAAAUUCGUCAAAGGGAUACUCACACAUCGCGAGAAGGUACUCGGAAAGAGAGUCCUCGCUGCGACGGAUUAUAGCACUCCCUCGGAUGCCAUAAAUAUCUUCAAGGAGUUGUUCCCCAAGGCUGGCGAAAGCGCGAAAUUCGUGCAGAUGUCCAAGGACGACUAUAAGGGCGCCCUCGCUCAUGCUGGUAUGCCGGAGAAGGUUCAGCAAGAGCUUUAUGAGAAUAUGGCUUUCAUGAACGAAUACGGAUACUAUGGGAAAUCCAGUCUGGCUGAAAGCCAUGAGAUCUUGGAUGAGAAACUUACAACGCUGAAGGAAUUCUUUGCUGGAGCCAAGGCCUUUGAGGGUCUCGAGUAG